AAAAGACUGACAUUUAAUUCUGGUAAUUUUCUGCAGCAUGAUUAUCAAGGAGAACAUCAGUUCAUUUCAGCAGUGAAAGAAAAGUUUUCUCCUUCAUCUCAGAAGUCAGGAUCAGAUGCGGCAGCAGUCAACCUGAGGGCGCCUGAUCUUCGUGGUGACUCUGGAACCUUCAAAUCACUGUCCUCGGGCAUCUGGGGACCUGUGUCGUCUCAGCCUCCGCAUACCGCAUCCCUUUCGGUUGUGUGCGACGACAGUACUCCCGAUAAACAGGCCUGGAACAACUCGGACAGUACAAGUAGCAGCAGAAGUAGUAGCCGGCAGGAGCUUUCCUCCAUCAUGGACAGUGACUUACCCUCGAGUAACAACGUAUGGAAUUCGUCUGCGUUUGUCGAGGACAUGACACCCACCCCUCAGGAGGCUCAAGAAGGAAUCAAUGCCGCGCUCUCAGAUCAGGGUCUUCCGACUGGCUCACAGUGGGUCCCAGGUAGAGGAGCUUACAGUGCCCCUUCGUCACCCUCUCUGCCUCGCACACAUAAUCUCCCCGAGUCUGCACCUCCUUCUAUGGGAGGACGCCCUUCGGUCGACGACUUUGCAGUGCGGUCAUGGAAUUCCAAGCGGAGGAGUCCACGCUCUUUGAGCAGUAGCGAACCAUCCAAUGCUUGGAGUGACAACCUUUCCGCUCAACCGAGACGGUCCAGCGUGGAUCUUUCGCAGCCGGGUGGCGGUGAGAAUAGCAUUCCUGCUCACCCCUGGCAGCAGUAUUCGCGUGUAUCACAGGGAUACCCUCCUGGCUUGACGAUGAGAGAAAACUGGCGGGAACAGCAAGGUCCUGCGGGCAAUUCAGAGAUUAAUCAACUGUUGCAGCGACUAAGUCUGGAGAAAUAUGUCCCCUUGUUUGAAGAACAUGGGAUCGAUGCAACACGGCUAUCUCAGAUGGUCGAGGAGGAUUUGGAAAAUCUCGGAAUACCAAAGGGUCCACGUCUGAAGUUACUUCAUGGUACGAGGUGGUGCAGCGGAAACAACUUUCAAACCUCAGGGAAUGGAUUUGUAAAGACUGACCCUGCACCGGCCGUAAUAACUUCGAAUAAGAAGCCCAGCAAGAUGGAACCCCAGCCGAUGUUUAACAAUCAUAAUCACAUCCUUCCUCGUCACAUUGAUGCUCAUCUCUCGCCGCUCGGGCACAAAAAACAACAACAGUCCUUGAAACAAACCCUCCACCCCGCGGUACUUCAGUCAACGAGUAACCAUGGAAACCAGCAUCUGUUGUCGCUCAUGACGUCACCUGGUCGAGGGCUUAACCCCGCGCAGCACGUUGGGAUGGGAAGUCAUAACCACGCAAGUUGUCACGCGAGUGGUCCCACUCACGCAAGUAGUCAUACAAGUAAUCUUCCUCCGCGCCCACACUCGGCUUCCGGAAGUAUGACCACCAGUCAGGGCUAUGCACCGGUUGUUUCCCACGGGGAUCAGGCGUUGCCGGGGGGUUAUGUACCGCAACAGGGGCAGUUUGUGAACCACAUGCCGUACCCACAAGCCCCGCAAGUAUUUUACCCCGGCGGUUUCUACUACUUUUAUCCACAGUAACAGUAGAAAGAUUUUUUUCUUCACGCUUAACUUAUUGAUUCAAAUCUUUAUUAUAGCUUCUACGUGGCACUUGUAAUUUAUGAUGUGAACGCGAUUAACAGUUGUCGGGGCUUGUGAAAAGUAACAAAUGUUUAGGUGUAGAUUCAAUAUUAAGUGAAUUGAUGCUAGAAAGUUGGUUGAUGUUUACGAAAGGAGAUGUCAUUAAAGUUCACUCAUUGAAAAAG